CCUCUCUCUCUCGGUCGGUUCUUCUGCCGGUAGCUCAGCGCGCUGCGGGGCCACACUGCGACCGCAUCGAGGAGGAAGAGGAGCCGCCGAGCCUGAGCCACAGCGGCGGAGCGGCACGACACACACACACACACAAACACGCACGCACACACGCACGCACGCAUCAAUACGUAUAGCUGUGCACGCAUCCAUAUGUGCACGCAGCGGAGGAGGGAUCCAACCUGCGGAUAAAACCCCUGAGCAGCAGCGGCAGAAGGCGGAGACGCGUCACACCUCCAUCUCCGUGAAGAAGAGGAGGACGAGCGGAACCAAUACUAGCGGAGAUCUUUUGGGGAUCUCAGAGAGCAGAAGCAGCGACGAACGACGCGGUCUCGCAGCCAGCUCGGCGCGAGGACACCAUGAAGGACCGUACGGCGGAACUGCGAAGCGCGAAGGACAGCGAUGACGAUGAGGAGGUGGUGCAGGUGGACCGGGACCACUUCAUGGACGAAUUCUUCGAACAGGUGGAGGAGAUCAGAGGCUGCAUAGAGAAGCUGUCGGAGGAUGUGGAGCAGGUCAAGAAGCAGCACAGCGCCAUCCUGGCCGCCCCCAACCCGGACGAGAAGACCAAGCAGGAGCUGGAGGACCUCACAGCCGACAUCAAGAAGACUGCCAAUAAAGUCCGCUCAAAAUUAAAAGCAAUCGAGCAGAGCAUCGAGCAGGAGGAGGGUCUCAACAGAUCAUCAGCGGACCUCAGGAUCCGUAAGACACAGCACUCGACACUGUCUCGUAAGUUUGUUGAGGUGAUGACUGAGUACAACACCACGCAGUCAAAGUACCGCGACCGCUGCAAGGACCGUAUCCAGAGACAGCUGGAGAUCACUGGAAGAACCACCACCAACGAAGAACUAGAGGACAUGUUGGAGAGUGGCAAGCUGGCCAUCUUCACCGAUGAUAUCAAGAUGGACUCUCAGAUGACCAAGCAGGCCCUGAACGAGAUCGAGACCCGGCACACCGAGAUCAUCAAGCUGGAGAACAGCAUCCGCGAGCUGCACGACAUGUUCGUGGACAUGGCCAUGUUGGUGGAGAGCCAGGGGGAGAUGAUUGACAGAAUCGAGUACAACGUGGAGCACUCCGUGGACUACGUGGAGCGAGCCGUGUCCGACACCAAGAAGGCCGUGAAGUACCAGAGUCAGGCCCGCAAGAAGAAGAUCAUGAUCAUCAUCUGCUGCGUCAUCCUAGGCGUGGUCCUGGCGUCGACCAUCGGCGGCACGCUGGGCUUCUAGACCGCCACCCGCCAGCAUCGAGGCGGGAAACCAUGACGACAAAAACGACGACGACGACCACAACGACGCGACUGAAAAACUUGAAAGACAAAUGCAAGACAGACAACCAUCAGCUAGGAAGAGAAAACGAUCCAAUCACAGAUUGAAACAUGGGGUUGGGUGGGGUUCAAAAAACAAAGACAAAAAAAACAUGGCAGUGUAGGUGACCAAAAUACACAACGUAUACAAAAAGAAGGGUACAAAUAAACCCGCUAUUUAUUGCAGAUGUACAUGUAUCGAACAUACGAAGCAACGCGUGGGUUAAGCUACCUGUAAAGAAACGUAACGUUUGGUUCGCCUUGUUUUCUUAUUAUUUCUUUCGGGGGUCUCUGAGGAAACGAAGCUGGCUGCAUGGGGAGGUGUUCCAGCUUAGGGAGGGGCGGGCUAAACCCCACCUAUAGGACGAGGAGAGCACGCACCGUCAGUCGGUGGAACACCAUGUGUGUUUGUGGGGGGGCGUCAUUGCAGCGGGGCAGGUUUCCACGACAUCAGCCUCCCCUUCAUGUCACAUUUAUCCAACCAAAGAGCAGGGGGAGGGAGGGCCUCUGGUUUCCUGCUGAAUUAUAUUUUAAGACGUGACGUUUGAAGGUGGGGGGGUUCAUAGGAGCCGGGAGGAGGCGGGCAGCAAUCUAUGCAGUUUAGAUAAAUGGAAGACGACUCGUCCCGCCUCCCCACCCCCGAGUUUGCUAAUGAGGACAGGGCUAUUCUUCCAGAGGAUUUUAAGAAAAUAAAAAUAAACAGAACACAUUCAAAAGUAAACGAGAAGGACGCAGAAGUUGAUGAAGAAGUGAAGCUGACAGCUGGAGGCCGUCGUGAUGACAUCGCCUGGUGGUUUGGUUUCCUCGGGGAUUGUGCGUUGCUCCGUAGUCCCGUGGCCUGUCCGCCCGACGUCUCUUAGCGCUACUGUUUAGUCCGUAUGGUUUUGAUGCAUUAGCCCCACCCCCCGUGUCCCCCCCCUCCCGUCCACCUCCCGCUUGGGCGUCCGUUCUUUGGAGAUACGAGGCGUUGUCCCAUCGGUGUGACACGCACACACAUCCACGUACCUUCGCCACGCGGCGCGUGCAGGAACAUCUCGUACACCCCGGACCCCCCCCCACUCCCCUUGCAUUACAUAUCACGUCAGUGCUAGACUGGGUCGCUUAGCAUGCCGUAGCGUUAGCUCGUGUUACAUGUAGGUCGUGUAGAAGCUGCUUGUUGGAGAUUGAUCUCUUUUUUUCCGGGUCUUUUUAUUUGACAAUAAUUUGACACAUUUCGUGUGUCCAGACUGGUGUUGAGGAAACAAAUAAACCUUUGACCUUGUUCGCUGAUCUCAACACAAGGUUCUUUCUUCGCUAAUUAGACCUGAAACGAGCUAUUUUUUCUUUCCUAUUGGCCUCUUUCACAAUAAUAUAGCAAUAUACACAGAAAUCACAUGUUUCCAAAUGUAUUAACUGUGCAACUCCCUCUGCUUCUGUUUUUACAGCAACGAAGCUUUCAAUGAGAGAGAACCUCAGCACUGCUCUGGGUCGGGGCCACACGCGUGUGCGUUACGUUGGUCGUAUUAGCAUGUUUUGUUCCGUUAACGUGAUUCCGUGUUGAGAAGUAACACUAUACGUGCGCGUCGUCCCGAUCAGGACGCACAGAGUGUGUGUGUGUGUGUGUGUGUUGAAAUUGAUUACACAGUAUUGUGACUCUGGCUUCACGUCAGGGGGCGGGGGCGGUUUAUGGAGGGAUGGGGGGGGGGGUUUGUCCACAAUCUCCUUUGGGGUAAACAAACACCACCUUAAACUCCACCCGAUCGCCCCGCACUUCACUUGGUGUCAAAGCAAUAAAGUCACUUUGUUAUCGCUAAGUUUUAUUUGAAGGAUAAAGUGUUAAAGCCAGCUCGCCGUGUCUCGACUCCGAACCUGACGUUUUGGGGCAAAGUGGGCGGAAUCUUUCCACGAGAAACUCUCUCGGCUCUAAACAUCUGCUCCAUUUUGCUCCACUUUGUGGCCCAUCGCUCCGGAAGGCUUUGCUAACGUCUUUAGCUCGCACUCUGACCAACGCGAAGCAACCUUAGCUUCCCGGCUAAUGGUACUGCUUUUUGAAUAUGUGUAUGUUUUUUUUUUUGGGAGUCGUAGUAUUUAGCGCCUUUAUCCAUAGAUGUCUGUGAUGCCGUAUUUGUUGCUAGAUUGAAUGAAGAAACGAGGACUUUAAGUUCCAGGUUUGGAGAAGAGUGGAGGUGGGACUUUUUAUUGUAUUCUUUUACUUCCCAAAACCAAAACUUCUGUAUUCACCAAAGCUUAGCAAACACCCCUCCAAGCAGCAGCAAUCCAAUAGAUGUGUGUGCAGAUACUGCUCGGUAGAUGUAGAAGGAUUUAGCACUUUUCUCUGCUGUUGUGUUGUUUCGUUCAUUCCGUCUUUCUGAGUGAUUUUUUAAAUGUACAGCAGACACUGAAUCUGUACACAAAGUAAUUAAACCCGUAGAAGUUGUUUUAACUACAUUUACCAGGUGUCUCUGAAACCGGUCCAUAAUGGGUUUCCAUCCAAAAAUCAAGGUGCUUCACCCACCAC